UGUUUGCAGAACAAACACUGUCAUGAAAGGAAAACAGAUUGAUCAUAUGGAACUUCAAGGAUAAAAAUCAGCAGAUAAAAACAUGGAAUCCAGCUCUGGAGAAAUUUACAAAAACGCAGAGGAACUCUCAGGGAGGAAGAAGUCACGCUUUAAGCAGCUGAAGACGCGUCUUUUUGGGAAACUGAAGAAAAAGGAAAGUGAAGGGCUGAUUAAGCAAAGCCAGUCCGCUAGUGAUAUCACUGCUCCAGAGGGCAUAAGGGAAGGCUACGACUCUGAAGACGAGUUUUCGUUCCCACAGGGUUUCAGCUCCAGGGCGCUUUCCCACGAUAGCAUCUUCAUUACUGAACAGAAACCGUCCACAGAACCAACCCGGGUUCUUUCACAAGAAAACGUUCAUGGCAAAAUUAAGGCCUUACAAUUGAAACUACAGCAGCAGAACUUACAUCUAGGUCCUCCUCCAAUGUUGAUUCCUGGUAAACGUAUAGAGGAUUCUGGAGCCACUUCAGAGGACGAUGGUUUACCAUGCAGUCCCCCUGAGACGUCCUUCCAUGAGCGAGUGAUGCAAGGAGCAGUUUACAAGAAAUAUCUGAGCUCUCUGAGUUUAGCAGGAACGGGAAGUGAAGAAGAGGAACAGGGGGAUCCUUUCCAGCCAUCAUCAAGGCCUCUAUCCCCAGUCUCCAGACCGUCCCCUCAGCCAAUCAUCUCUCCCGUCUCUGCCUCGACCACGCCCACUGCAGGAGUUGACUUCAGUAGCCCUGCAAGUUACAUGCCCAGGUUGGAUAACUCAGCUGCCCGGCAUCGCAUGUCAGUCAAACCAAGAAACCAACGGGCCAGUACAAGGGGAAAACGAGGGCCAACGGUAUCUCUUUCUCCCAGGCAUCAAUCAGAAAGCAUCAGUGAGUUGGAUAACGUUCUGUCUGAGGAGGAAGAUGAUGAAACCAUGACGUCCACUGAGACAGUGCACCAUUGCUUGUACUCUUCUCCGACUUUGGAGCUAACAGAGAAACCCAACUCUCCUGAACCUACAGAAACGACUCCUGCAGAGUCAGCACAGGACCAGGAGGAGAACUUAAACCUUAACAGAACUGAAAUCAUUCUCCCAUCUCUGGGUGUUGAAAUCCUGAAGUCGGAAGAGUCUCUUGAAACUGAAGGGAGACUCACCACAAAUCCUCUUUAUUUGCAGCCUAUGUCCUUUGGCUUGAUCUCAUCACGUCCACCAUCACCUUUAGGACUUCCAGAAUCUCCAACACAACAAAGAGAAAUAGAGUCAUUAAGAGCCCAAUCACCUCUCCAGAUACAAGAUAUAAACGUUAUCCAGAUUCAUACAAGUGAGAAUCGUGUGUCUGACAACAUCCAAGGGGAAUCAACAUUUAGACGACAUCCCGUACCUCUGCCUCACUUAAAAAAGCCCAAAAUAGAUAUAAGUAGCCCUGCGUCUCCAAAAGGAGCUGCAGAGGCCUCAACAAAACCUUUGGAAGCUGGUGUAGAAACUGCAUCUGAACUGGAUAGCAGGAUGCUUAACGCUGGAUCCUUAUUUUUAAUUGCAUCUGCAAAGCAUCGCUCCAAAGCAACCACUGAGACAAAGCAGAAUGAGGGACAUUUGAAACAUUUUCCAGAAAUCAAGACACAACCCAUCAAACCCAAUCCAGAGUUACAGAAAGAUGAAGAGAGAGAGACAAAACCAACAGAGCUCCAGAAUCUCCUCCAUCAAACGCAAGAGACAAAGAGCAGUUUUCGCAGAGAAGUACCACCUCCUAUUAUGUCCAAACCAAUAACAGGAACCAAUCCUAGGAAGGCAGAUACUGCUGCAGAACAUGUGGAAACAGAGGAACAUGAAGACAAGAGGACUGCUUUUGGGGUGCAGCUCCGCACAACCUCUCUGUCACUAAAAUAUCGCUCAGAUGUUUCCAAAAUCAAGGAUGAAACCAAACGGUACAGUUUAGAGUCUAAUACAGUGAGAGCAGUCUCAGAAGAGCAUGCUGGGAAAGCAGAAACUAAUUCCAAGAGUAAAAUACUAGAUCCACAGAAACUGGACUCUUCGCUUGCUGCCCAAGAAAAUGGAAAAGCAUCUAUUCAAAAUACAACAGGAGCGUGUAAAGAGGCUGUGUCUAAGCCGGGCUGGAUGAGUCUAGCCAGGGAGAAGACCAAAGCAUACCAGCCAUUCUUGGACAGAUUGGCCACAAAUCAGUCACCAGCCCACCCUACAUCUCCAACGGCUCCUCCUGCGCAGCCUCCCAAACCAGCCUUACAGCCUAAAACACAGCCAUUGACCACCUCGCUUCAUCCACUGAAAGCAGCCAGCCUACAGACCUCACAGAGACCUCCGACAAAACCAGCACCUAGUGGAACAAAAGACUGGCAGGACAAAGGCAGGAACAAUACAGCAGAAGAUGACACAAAGAAAGCAGCAAAACUCACUUCACCUAACAAUACUACAGAAACACUUACCGUGCCUCCAGCAGCCUCAUUGUCCUCAACAGACGUCUCUCAGCAGCAGCAGCAGCUAUGCUCAGACGGAGCUCAGCCGUCCUGGAUGGAGCUCGCCAAGAGAAAGUCUUUAGCUUGGAGUGACAAAACUUAAGAAUUGAGCUGAGAAAUUCAGUGAUAAAUUGAUAAAGUGGUGCAAUACCUAUUGUUACAAUGAAUGAAUGUAAUACUGUGCGUGUUUUUACAUGACAUAUCAAGUGUGAUAGAUUAUCGAUUGUAUGCUAGUAGAUUAUUUUUAAUUAGAAUUUAUUUGCAUUAAUAA